UACUCAUUUAGUAAGAGUAGAAAUUUUAUAUAUAACCUCUCCUCAACUCAUCUGCCUUCAUCAUCUUGUAUUUUUCCCUGGGACGGAGACCUUAUUUGUUCAUCAUCAACCAUGCAUAUCUAAUAUAUAUAGCUGAUAGUUCUUGAAAUUUCAUAUAUAUUGUACAUAAUUUAGUGGAAAACAAGAGUAAAAACAUCAAAAUCAUGAAGACAUUUUUCCGUAUAACAGGAAUAAUGUGGGCGGAUUUCUUCGCAUAUUAUGUUUUAUGGAUGAUGAUUAUUUACCUGACCGAUAUUUGGAAGCUUGAUUUUACACAUGCUGCUGCAAUUAUCAAUAUAUGGAAAGGUUCGGCUUUGGUAUUGCCUCUUGUAUUUGUCUAUCUUGCAGACGCUUUUUUCGGCAACUUUUGCAUCCUGCUCCUCACCAGUCUUUCCUAUACAGUUGGACUUGGGUUGUUAUGGAUGUCAACCCCACCAGUUCUAGGAAAGUCACAAGGAAAUUGCACGGCGUACAAGCCUGAAUGCAUAGGAGAGCAGCAAAAGCAAUUGUUCUAUGCUGCAUUGGUUCUAAUAGCUGUAGGAAUCGCAGGUCAUUUAACCUCUCUUGGACCCUUCGUAGGUGAUCAAUCCGAAAAAUUUAAUAAUGAAUUCAUGGCGACUGUAAAUAGAGCUGAUCAAGGUGGCUCUGUAUGCUCUACAAUGUGUCGUUUCAUGCUCGGUCCAUGUAUGGGCGUCUUAAUCCCAAUCAUCGGAUUCAUGGUUGUCACCUUCGUCAAAUCAUGGGGAGUUCAGUUUGGUGUUAGCGCCAUAUUUGCAUUGGCUUCACUUGUGGUUCUUCUGAGUGGCAUUCGCUCGUACAAGUAUGUUGGACCAAGAGGGAGCGCCCUCACUAUUGUGUUUCGGGUGUUUUUUGCUGCCUUCUCUAAGGUGCUCUCUAGGCAUCCUCAAGAUACGAAUGAGCUUUACGAGAAACAUGAUGUCCAUGGAAAUGACACUGCAUUGCUGCCUCAUACUGAUGGUCUUAGGUGUCUGGACAAGGCUGCAAUAGUACUCCCACAACCAACUUUAGAGCAACAAGAACAACAUAAAUGGAAACUUUGCAGGGUGACAGAAGUUGAAGCAACCAAGAUCACCAUACGGAUAAUUCCUCUAUGGAUGACCUUCAUAAUUUGUGGGGUUGUAUCUGCCAUAGGUGACACAUACUUUCUUGAGCAAGCAACAACGUUGAACCCGAAAUUAGGACGCAUCAAAGUCCCUCUGAUAUUUUUCUUAGGGUUCUAUGACCAAUCAAAGAGCCUCUUCUCUAAGUUGUUUGUUAUGGUGGGUACCAAAAUUAUUAGACAUUCGACAUCAUGUAGACGCUAUGUUCCUCCUAUAGGAGUUGCGGUAGCAAUGGUAUUCUCGAUUCUAUGCUGCGUUGCAGCGUCAAAAAUCGAGACAAGAAGGCUAAGAAUUGUGAAGAGUCAUGGCUUAAUUGAUAAGCCAGAUGACAGAGUGCCUAUGACCAUAUUUUGGCUUUUACCACAAUUCGCAUUGCUUGGUGCUUUAGAUGGAAUUCGCGAAUGGAGUGUUCCAUAUCUAGUAAGUGAUCAAGCUCCUCCGUCUAUGAUUACGUACUUCAAUUAUCUCCAAUUAGGUGUGUUUGGAGUUGGAUUUAUGGGAAGCGCGCUUUCGGUUUAUGUAGUAGGAAAGAUUAGCCAAAAGAUUGGUGGAAUAAAUUGGUUUCAAAGUACAUUAAACAAGAGUCGAUUAGACAACUAUUACUGGGUAUUAGCUGCAUUAAGUGCUGUAAAUCUUGUUAUCUAUAUUAUUGUGGCAUACUUCUAUCGCUAUAACGAUUCAGUGUUAGAAGAGUUGGAAGAGCCAGAGUAUGAUGAAACUGAAGACAACAUGUUCAACCACCUUUAAUUUGAUCAAGAUUCAAGAUGAAAGAUAAUCUCAUUAUGUACUCAUCUUAUUGAUAACACAGUUUUGUAAUGCUUCUUUCAGAAGGAAAAAGUGUUGAUCUUGGUAUUUCAAUAU